AUGGUGCAACCUGAAGGGUAUAGUUUUGGCACCAAUCUUGUGUGUAAGCUUGAAAAGGCAUUAUAUAGUCUCAAGCAAGCUCCCCAUGCUUGGUUUCUAAAGUUGAAGGGCAUUCUUAAGGGCUUUGGUGUCACAAGUACCACCUUUGAUCCAUGUCUAUUUGUCAAAUACUCCUCCCUCUCUAUAAUCUAUCUUUUAACAUAUGUCAAUGACAUUCUAGUUACAGGUACUGCUGUAAGUGAAGUGAACAAGCUGAUUGUUGAUUUAAACAAGGUCUUUACACUCAAGAAUUCAAGAAAAAUGAGUUUCUUCCUUGACAUUGAGGCUGAGAGGUCAGCCACAGGCUCCCUGGUCCUUAAGCUAUCUAAGUAUGUACGCGAUUUACUCAUGAGGGUUGACAUAGUUGGCGCUCGGCCUAUGUCCACUCCUAUGAUGAGAAGUCUCAAGCUUGAUACAUCUGGUGCAGUCUUUGAUAAUCUAUCAUUGUAUCACUCUAUGGUAGGUGGAUUACAAUACGUCACCAUCACAAGACUGGACAUUACGUUUGCAGUGAACAAGGUCUCUCAAUUUUUUCACACUCCCUUGGAGCAAUAUUGGAAGACUGUGAAGCAUAUUUUGCGAUAUCUAGCAAGGACAAUAGACAUGGGUUUAGAGUUUCAUAAGAGUAAGAAUUUCAGAAUUUUGGCAUUUUGUGAUUCUGAUGGGAUAGCAAAUCCGGUGGACAGAAAAUCUCACAGGGAUACUAUGUGUUUCUAG